UGUGAGGAUUUUCUCUAAAUCCCUCUUCUGUUUGCUAAAUCUCGCUUCCCUCUACAAAAAACCACAGUGGAAGAGCCUGGAACAAAGUCUGAAUAUUGAAAUGUGACAUUGCUCUCCACAUCUCAUCCUAUUUCGCGCUGGAUUUUUUUUUUUUUUUAUGACUUCAAACACAUUGAUUUUGCUGGUCUUUGUAGUUUAGGGAUCCAUGGGGAUGUCCAGCAGGCAUUCACUCUUCCAUCAGUGGCACUUGUGUGACGUCUUCAAGUUUAAGAUGUGCUCUUUGUCCUGUACCCAUGUGCUCUACUUGCUCCUGUGUGUUGUGUGCCUGACUCAGGCAGCUGCAGCCGGCUCGGAGACUCUGUGCGGAGCUGAGCUUGUGGACACUCUUCAGUUUGUGUGCAAGGAGAAAGGCUUCUAUUUCAACAGACAAACAGGCUAUGGGGCCAGCACAAGGCGGCCACACCACAGGGGCAUCGUGAACGAGUGCUGCUUUCAGAGCUGUGACCUGAGGCGGCUGGAGAUGUACUGCGCGCCUGUUAAGCCAGCCAAAUCCUCACGCUCUGUACGUGCCCAGCGCCACACCAAUAUGCCGAAAGCACAAAAGGAGGCACGUUCGAGGAAUUCCAGCUGAGGGAACACAGGCAACAGAAACUACCGGAUGUAGAAGAGCAAAAUCCAGAGUAAAAUAAAUUAUAAUAAUAACAAUAACAAUUAAUAGAAGAGGUGAAUGUGCCAUUGCAGAAUGGUUCACUGUAUUGUUCAUGGAAACUGGUGAAACAUAAUAUAAAUGAGUUCAAUAGUAGAAAUGCAGUGGAGGGCUUUCUGCUGUUUAACAGUGCAAUUUGAUAUUGGUAGGAAAAUCACUUUACUAAAAAUGUAUUGAAGCAAUAUCGCCACUAAGAUCUGGGCUGUGAUGUGUGACUCCGUGGCUGUUGGUUUCAUUUCUGUGCACCAGCCAUUUCAGAGCAGCUUCUGGGUAUCCUGGAGUUCAUAUGGCUCUGCUCAUGUAGACCUUGAGCAAAUUGGACUGGCUCCAGAGUAACAGCAGGGCUGGAACAAUGGAUAAGGACUUGAGGACAAAUAGGAUCAAAUACAGCAAUUAUUGUUAUUUUAUUUAAAACACAUAUUGACAACCCCUCCUUCAGGAAAACAACAAAUAAUUACAGUAUGACAUGAAACAUAUCAACACUUUAAUUCUGUGUUGUCGUUAUGGUAGAGUACCGCGACAGCUCUAGUCAUACCAUCUCAACUCUUUUAGCCAAAGAAGAAACACUGGCUAGCAGUGUAUCCAUUUUACCUUAAACAAUUUUGUUUCUUUUUUUUAUGUUGUUGGAAAAAACUAUUUGGUAAUCUGUGGGAUUACCAAAUUAAUGAUUAAGACGUAAGCAUGUAGGUGCUGCAAAGUGAAUUUGCACCCAACAAGUUUAGACAAACAUGAAGUUUUUAUUGUGCUCUGUGCCUGACUGGUCAGUGCCAUUCUCCCUACACUUUCAUGGAAGCUAAAUUCACAACCACCAAUUGAAACAAAUCUUAAUCUGGAAUUGGUACCCAAAAUGCAGCAGGCUUGUACAUGAGUAAUGUUUAAACUGUAACGUGAUUAAUGAAGAUUAAUGAUUAAUGAGCCCUGGAUUGCAUUUUGCCUUUUUUAUCAGUUUCGAUAAGAACCUUGGCGUCUAUGACAAUGACUUUGGGCACACAUUCCCGGAAAGGCAGGUGUAAUGCAUCUGUCUGAGACCGUCCACUGAGCCUCAUUUACGAAAGGGCGCUACACCUUACGGUGCAUGAUAAUUGCAAUUACUGUGCGUGUUAAUGAUUUCCGUAUUUAUUAAUGCAAUUGUAUUCAUUAUCGCGCAAAAUAGUGGGCAUAUUAUGGUGCACACUAAUUUUUAUUGUGCCAUAGUAUGGUAAUCAUAAUGAAUAUGUGAUUUGUAUGCAUGAUAAUCUAUUUAAAUGAAGCAUCCUUCUCUGAAUAAUGAGAUGAGCUUCAUUCACACAUUAUUUACUAAAGGGCAAUAAUUGUAUUAUUGUGCACAUUAAAGUGAGCAAUAAUUAGUUUGUUUGGACACCAGGCUUUAGCCACUGAUAGGCUUAUGAAAAUUUGAUUGAAUGGAAAUAUCUGGCAGCAAAGGCCAUUUAAGACUUGGUGGGCCACACUGUAAAUAUAUAUAUAUAUAUAUAUAUAUAUAUAUAUAUAUAUAUACACACACACACACACUGUAAUGUA